AUGCCUGGUGCUACAUUUGUUGGUUUUGAUGAUUAUACCGAUCAUACUGGUAAAUCUAAGAUGAGUAAUAUUGAGGAUACUUGUAUACCAUUAAUUAAUUCCAUUAACACUGAUUCUUCAUCGGCUACUAAACAGACGACAAAAAAAAUUUAUACUAAAGAUCUUACCAAACAAAAGAUUCCCAAUAAAAUAUUAUUAUCUAACAUUAGUCGUCGACUAGCUAUACGAAAAAACUUACAUAAACAACUUUCUUUCGUAACUGAUAUUAUGUGUUUUCUUGGUAUUUUGGGAAUUAUUCUUAUGAUUAUUGAAAAUGAAAUAAAAUUUUCUCAAGUCAAUGAUAAUGAUACAAUAUUGACGUGGUCUAUAA